CACAGCACUGGAGUGAAGGGUCCCACAUCAAAAGAAGCAUCACGAUGCAGCAUGAAUGUACCUUUGUGGUGGUUGCCUGCUUCCUGUGCUUAUCCAGCAAUGCCUUCCAAAGGAUUUCACUCAAGAAAAUGCCCUCAAUCCGACAGACCAUGCAGGAGAUGGGUGUGAAAGCAUCAGACGUCUUCUUGUCACUGAAGCAUGUUGAACACUCUGUUGGCACGGGGCCCCAUAACAAAACAGCACCUACCAUCCUCACCAACUACCAGGAUGUGCAGUAUUAUGGUGAAAUCCUCAUUGGUACACCAGCCCAAACCUUCAAAGUAGUCUUUGACACUGGUUCUGCUAACCUUUGGGUGCCAUCGUACAAAUGCUCCCCGUUGUUCAGUGCUUGCGUUUCACACAACCGCUAUGACUCCUCAGAAUCAAGCACAUACCUUGAAAAUGGAACCAAAAUUGCAAUCCAGUAUGGACAAGGAAACAUGAGGGGUUUCCUUAGUCAGGACAUUGUCACAGUUGCUGAUAUUCCUGUUUUCCAAGAGUUUGCAGAAGCCACAGCACUAACGAAUGAUCCUUUCAUCUAUGCCAAAUUUGAUGGGGUGCUUGGUAUGGGGUAUCCCAGCCAAGCUAUAGAUGGUGUUAUUCCAGUGUUUGACCGGAUUAUCUCUCAGAAGGUCCUGAAGGAGGAAGUGUUCUCUGUCUAUUACAGCAGAAAUUCUCAGUCAAAUACUGGGGGAGAAAUCAUCCUAGGAGGCAGUGACCCCUCUUACUAUACAGGAGACUUCCACUACCAUAGCAUUAGCAGGAAAGGCUACUGGCACAUUGAUCUUCAAGGGGUAUCUGUAGGAGGGGAAAUGUUGUUCUGUCAAGAUGGUUGCACAGCAGCUGUAGACACCGGGACUUCCUUCAUUACUGGCCCAGCUAGUUCCGUGUCAGUCUUGAUGAAAGCCAUUGGAGCUACCUUGAUUUCAGAAAAAGAUUAUGUCGUUGAAUGUAGCAAAGUCCAGCUUCUGCCUGAUAUUUCCUUUAUCUUCGAAGGCAGAGCCUAUAUGCUCAGCGGCUCUGCCUAUGUCCUCCAGCAUUCCAGUUAUGGGAGUGGUCUCUGUGUUGUGGCUUUCACUGCUUUUGACAUCCCUCCUCCGCUGGGCCCCCUGUGGGUUCUGGGUGCCAGUUUCAUUGGCGAGUACUACACUGAAUUUGACCGGAAGCACCACCGGAUUGGCUUUGCCAAAUCCCUCUGA